AUGACAAACCACACAUCAGGUCAAGCUGUAGUGGCGACAAUAUGGGUUCUAGCAUCUAUAGCGACCCUGGCCGUGGGACUGCGGCUGUACGCACGCUAUCUCCUGGUUCGAAACGGCGGCAUUGACGACUGGACUGUGGCAAUAGCACUUGCCUUUGCGCUGGCCAUGACGCUUGCGAUCACGUCACAAGUACACUACGGCCUAGGCAAGCGUGGCUCACAGGUGGCAGACAUUGACACCGAGAAUGUGAUGAAGAGCCUGUGGGUAGCGAUCUGGCUCUACUAUCUCGCCAUAGGUUUCGCCCGACUCUCAAUUAUCUUGCAGUGCAUGCGUAUCUUCCCGCAAGCGGACGGUCGCAGAACGAGAUGGCUGGUGCUGUAUGCCAUGAUCGCGGUCAACACUUCACUCCAGACCUGGGGAUUUUUCAGUACAGUAUUCUUCUGCAAACCGAUAGACGCAUACUGGAAAACGACCAUAUCAGACGAGUACUGCCUUAAUCGAAAGGUCAUCUGGCUGUUCAACUCUUCUAUGGGCAUGGCACUGGAUAUUGCUGUUGCCGUACUGCCACUACCGUGGAUCAACCAGCUGCGCUUGCCGCAAAGCCAGAAGGCGAUGCUAAUGGGCGUGUUUGUUCUUGCUGGUCUACCUUGUCUACUAGCGAUGAUACGGGUACAGUCACUUGUACAGGUUGCUACCUCGCACGAUCCAUCUUACGACAACGCCACCCUCGCCAUCUUGAGUGCCAACGAGGUCUACGUUGGAAUCGUCUGUGCCUGCUUGCCCACGCUGAAGGCAUUCUUUGUCCGUUUGACACCUCGCGUGACGAACACGGCACCUGCGAACAGGCUCAGAGAUGCGGCAUCCUGGCUCAAGCGUUUCAAGCCACGCAGGAGACAGCACGACACCAUCCACCUGACGACUGUGCGAACCAAGCAAGAUCAUAGGUGGACCAGCAAGAGUGCGCUCAUCGGCAGAUCGAACUCGUCUUCGCAGCAAACGACGGAUGAUCACGGCGCCAUUCGUGUGGAAUGCGUCGUUGAACAAGAAGUCGAGAUCGCGAAACCGGCACAGGCUUUGGACCACACGCACAUAUUUGGUUCCUCUCAAGCCGACAGUUUCUGGCAGCUGAGUCAAUGGGAGAAAGAGGCCGGCACGCAUGGCAUGAAAUCGCUCACUCGGGGUGAUUCCAGCACUAGUGCCGGUCACAAUCGUGGCACCAGCAGGACUGCUAUCUCGAGCGGCUUUGGAGCCGGUAGAAGUCGUGACCGCAGCGCCAGUCGAAAACGUACCAGUCGCGGGUGA